UGCAGCAAAAGAUAAAAAAGUUAUGAGCCAAAUAAUGUAAAUUGAUUUCAGAAAUACCACUGGAGGGUAUUGGCUAAAAAAUGAAGCUGGUCGCGAGUUCUUUAACAGAGUUUUAACCAUACAUGUAUUUACAAUGAUAUUAAAAAUGCUUAUAGCUGCAAGGGUGUUUUUCUAUAUUUCGAUUAUUCAUAUGUCAAUUUUUAUUGAAGGGUAAUUUAUCGCAAUCUAGCCUAAACUGAGUUGUCGCUGUACUUGAUAUAAUGUAUCGAAUAUCUCGCUAGUCUAUGACCAAGUUCCCGUCCUGAUGAUAAACAAUAUGUUCUCAACAUAUAUCGUGCUAAGUACGGCGUGUCUUUGGAAUCUAUUUCUCCAAGUGAUACCAGAACGAGUUACAGAGGAGAACACUGAGGAUUUUAGCUUUGAUGGCCUCCCCGGGGCUCAGCAUGAAUUCAAAAUAGAGGUUCCUGCAAGCCAGGAGGAGUGUUUUGUACAGAGAGUGGCACAGAAUGCUAAUCUUUAUGCUUCGUUUGAGGUUCUUCGAGGCGGUGAUCGUAUUGUAGACUUUUAUGUGAAGGAUGGUUAUAAUAAUAUGAUCAAAGAAAUCAUUUACAAAUCAGAGGGGAGUAUAGAAUACACGGCUCCUGACACUGGACAUUAUCAGAUAUGUGUUCAAAAUAUUCAUAGCAGAUUUUUAUCGAAGCUUGUAUACAUUUAUAUUGUGACGGUGGUUGAAGAAGAAUGGACCAAAUAUGUAGCCGAAAUAGAGGGAUUGCAAACAACAGUUCAAAAUUUUACGACAUCCAUCUCGGUGGUUCAAAAGUCCAUAGACCAAGUACGAUUGCAUCAAGCCACUAGUAGAAUGAACAUUAUAAAGGACUGGUAUUUACUGACCGGAAAUAAUGCUUACGUCAUGUAUUGGUCCGUUUUCCAGAUUGUUUCUAUUUUAGCAACGUCUUGUUUUCAGGUGUACUUUGUAAGGAAAUUAUUUAAUAUCCCAGAUGUGACUCCUUCAUCCAAACCAAGAGCUUAGAAAGAUGACAGCAAACAUUAGAUAUAAAACGGAAGACUUUAUUUUAUUUCAUAGACAUGUAUUAUCAUUACCUUCAUCAUUACAUGUAUUAUCAUUUCAUUGAUGUAUACAUGGUCUUGUCUUAUUACAGAAGUGAUGUAACACUGUGGAAUAAAUAAAAUCCAAACACCAUUUAUUUUAUAACCUAUUGACAUAGAAGUGUAGGAGCAAAACCAAAAAAAAAUGUGAUACCUUUUAAAGACAUAGAUAUGUAUGAAACGUGACCAAAAAAAAAUUCUCUCAAACAAAUCUCUUUUCACCUUUGAUAAUAUUUUAAAAUGAUAAAAAUAGCAUUUUGGGGACUCUUCUCUUCACUUUUUUACACAAACAAUGAACCAAAACGCACUCAAUCGAAAGGAAUUAGUUAUUCACAUAUGCAUGUAUUUACAUUUCCAUAUAGGUUAUAGCACAAACGUAACCACCAGCCUUUAUAUCCUCUCUGUUUGUCGUACUUAGGACAGAAUCUAAUUAAUGGUUUAUUAUGUACAGGACCUUUAUUUCACAAGUUUUAUCUGUUCUCAUCACAUAAUUUCAUGCUUUUUUGAUAAAGUCGAAAUCCCAAACAAAAAAGUACAUUUGAAAUAUCUCCCUAUUUUUUAAAACAAAUAUUUUGGUCGUAGCUGAUAUUGUAAUGUUUCAAUGACCAGAGGCAGGCGACUGGAGGAAUAGUUCGAGGAAGACAAACAUCGUUUUAGGAGUUUCUUUCAAGUAAACAGUUUCUUUUAGAUUGGGCUUCAUGUAAGACCUAAAACUGCUUCUAGGUUAUUUAACGUUAC